CCACGCGACAUUUCUGACAGCUUGACGUGAACCUGAAACUGACAAAUGACAGCCUCUUUUAAAUUUUCUGAAAGAAAAUAAGUUUGUAGGAUUUUGCAAAUCCGCAAACAUCCAAAAAUAUAUUUGUUUUUUAAGACAGAUUUACAAAUAAUACGCUAGAUAAUGCCUCCCAAGUUCGAUCCUAAUGAGGUAAAAUAUGUAUACCUAAGAUGUGUAGGGGGAGAAGUUGGUGCAACAUCAUCGUUGGCCCCAAAAAUCGGUCCCCUUGGUUUGUCGCCCAAGAAAGUUGGUGACGACAUUGCCAAAGGAACCGCUGAUUGGAAAGGUUUGAAGAUUACUGUACAGCUGAAAAUCCAAAACCGUCAGGCGACAAUUUCUGUUGUCCCUUCAGCUGCUUCAUUGAUUAUUAAAGCUUUGAAGGAGCCCCCACGUGACAGGAAGAAGCAAAAGAACAUUAAACACAGUGGGAACAUAACCUUUGAUGAUAUACUUGCAAUUGCAAGGCAGAUGAGGCCUCGUUCCAUGGCAAAGGCACUCUCAGGAACAGUAAAAGAAGUUUUGGGUACGGCACAAUCUGUAGGAUGUACAAUUGAUGGUAGACCACCACAUGAUAUCAUUGAUGACAUAAAUGACGGUACUGUUGAAGUUCCAGAAGAGUAACUUAAUAAAUAAGUUUUUAUAAGUUUAAGGUAUUGUUUUAUUUUGUUGUUGUCCAUGUACCACAAAUGGUAAAUUUCAAGUCCUUCAUUGUGCUUAUUAGAAACAGCUUGAUAAAUUGAUGGUACUACCAUAUGUUUACUUGGUAGUCAUGCACAUACCAUAACUUUGUAUUGGGGAGUAUUGUCUGUUUCUUCCUACAAAAUACUGUUUUAGUUUAUUAGCUAAAAAACAUUUUUUUCCCUAAAACUCUUGUUACUAAAAAAUCACAUUUUUUGAGCUGUUAUUGCACAUCAUUAUAUUUCUGGAAAUGAAAUUUUGGAAAAAUAGAUCUCCAUACACAAAAUGCUUGCCCAAAAUUUUUUUAUACCUACAGAAGUACAUAAUAGUUUAUGUUGUACAAGUGAACAUUUGAUUGUCAUUCAUAUUUUUCAUCAUAUGAGAAGACGAAUAUCUUUCCCUGACAAAGUCACAGUACAACCAAAACACAAUUUCUAUUGAAAUUUUAUUAAUUAAAGACAUAUAAUCAUUUACCUAUAUCUGUAUUUCUCGUAAAGCUAGUUAUCAUGUUUUCAGCCCACUUAGGCUGAUCUGUAGGCACCAUAUGACCAGCAUUCCUCACCAAUACUUCAGUAAAGUUACCAUAGGUUUUACUAUAGCCCGCAAUCUCUUUUCCCACAUUCCAUAUCUUUCUAUGUGCUUUGCGAUACCCUCCAAUAUCAUUAAAUUCUAUAUUCUUUAACAAAUUCAAUGUCAGAGGAUAUGCGACACAAAUAUCUAAUUGACCAGUGUACAACAACACCCUGUAAUUGUUAACUGCUUCCACGAACCAUGGCGACAUGGAUUUUGGCAUGUCUUCAAAGAGAUUUGCAUAAGCCUUUUUGGAACCAAAUGUAACAUUCCCAACAUGGAUCGCUUGUCGUGUUUCUGGCUUGUUAAGAUAUAUGUCCAUAGGAAUUUCGCUAUCAGGGUCAGUUACUUCUAGGUAGUUGUAGAAGCUGAUAUUUCCAUUAGCUAUGUUCAUGAUCUCUUGUACUUCCUCAAAUGCGUUCGCGGCAUCGAGGUAUUUUUGUUCUGUAAUGUACUUAACAGCUGAAACCAAAUAAAAAUUGCACAUU